UUAAAAAACAAAAACACAGGAUUCAGGGCAAAAAAUUAUGCAGAUGAAAUUGUUGUUGUGGAUGGUGGUGAUGAUGGUCAUAUUGCCAUCUUCUACCGUUACAGCAAGUUCAAAUAUUUCUUUAGAAAACUGCCCACAAAGAUGUGGAGACGUUAGCGUUCCUUUCCCUUUUGGAUUUGGCCGUCCUGAAUGCGCCAAAAACUCAACCUUCCUGCUUGAAUGCAACCAGAGCAGCAGCCUCUUGUAUGGCAACAUUUCAAUUAACGACAUAUCAUUGGAAGACGGCACCAUCACCGGACUCAUUGGCUCUGCCUACCAGUGCUACAACAGCAGCGCUUUUUUGUCGAAUUGGAGUGAUGCGAGUGUCAUGUUCAACAACUUGUCUUCCGUCAUAUCCAACAAUUUGUCUUUCAUCAUAUCCCCCAUCCACAACAAUUUUGUUGGCCUGGGCUGCGACACGAUGGCCAUAAUGUACAACAAAGAAGGAAGGUUCGGAGGUGGGUGCAACACCUUCUGCUAUAACGUUACCGAAGUCAGGAACGACACUUCUUGCUCCGGCUUCGGAUGCUGCCAGACCUCCAUCCCCAAGGACCUCAACCAAUUGAACAUUUCGGUUUUCAGUAGAUAUAACCACAAAUUUGUUUGGAAUUUCAACCCCUGCAGUUAUGCUUUAGUGGUUGCAAAUUCCUUUGAUAUAUCGAAAAUAAACUUCCUUGGUUAUUCGACAACUGCUCCAAUGUACCCCGUGGUGUUUGAAUGGGUGAUCGGAGAUCAGCACGGCUGCCAAGAUUAUUGCGGCCCUAAUGCUAAUUGCUCUUACUCCGACACUGGUGGUGGAUUUCGUUGUUCGUGCAAGCAAGGGUUCAUCGGAAAUCCCUAUCUCCCCCGAGGAUGUCAAGAAAUAUAAUAAUUUAUUAAGACAAAAUUUCAUAUUUAUUUUUAAGUAAAUAGUAU